CCGGGCCGGAGCAACAUGGCGCCGGUGGGCGGGGGCGGGCUCCCGGGUGGCGGGCCGGCCCGAGGGCGCCUCCUCCUGGCCGCGCUGGUGCUGCUGUGGGCGCGGGGGGCCUGCGGCCAGGGCGACCCCCAGCGGGGCGAGAUCCUAGGAAUGAGGUUGGCGAGCUGCAACAAAUCGUGUGGGACGAACGAGGAUGGCACCAUCUACGUGUCCGAGGGCAGCACGGUAAACCUGAGGCUGUAUGGCCAGAGGCUGGGCUCCAUCUCCAGCAACCUGAUCUCUUUCACCGAGGUGGACAAUGCCGACACCAUCCGCAACUCCACCAACUGCCCCGAGCUCACCAAGGACCUGGUGGUCCAGCGGCUGGUCAACGUGAGCCGCGGGGACACGUCUGGGAUGCUGGUGGUGCUCACUAAAUUCCUCCGGAGAAGCGAGAACAUGAAGUUGUAUGCACUGUGCACCCGGGCCAGCGUGGACGGGCCCUGGCAGAGGUGGACAGACAAGGACUCUCUUCUCUUCUUGAAGGAGGAGACUGGGAGAUUCCUGCCCUUUUGGCUGCACAUCCUCCUCAUUAUGGUGCUGUUAGUGCUGUCGGGGAUAUUUUCUGGCCUCAACCUGGGGCUUAUGGCCCUGGACCCCAUGGAGCUGCGCAUCGUGCAGAACUGUGGCACUCAGAAGGAGAGGCGCUAUGCUCGCAAGAUCGAGCCCAUCCGUCGCAAGGGCAAUUACUUGCUCUGCUCCCUGCUCCUGGGAAACGUGCUGGUCAACACCUCCCUCACCAUCCUUCUAGACAACCUCAUAGGGUCUGGGCUCAUGGCAGUGGCCUCCUCCACCAUUGGCAUCGUCAUCUUUGGGGAGAUCGUGCCUCAGGCUCUGUGCUCCCGACACGGUUUGGCUGUGGGUGCCAACACUAUCAUUCUCACCAAAUUCUUUAUGCUACUCACUUUCCCCCUCAGUUUCCCCAUCAGCAAGCUCCUAGACUUUUUCCUGGGCCAGGAGAUUGGUACCGUUUACAAUCGGGAGAAGCUGAUGGAGAUGUUGAAGGUGACGGAGCCCUAUAAUGACCUCGUGAAAGAGGAGCUGAACAUGAUCCAGGGUGCCCUGGAACUCCGGACCAAAACCGUGGAGGACAUCAUGACCCAGCUCCAGGACUGCUUCAUGAUCCGCAGCGAUGCCAUCCUGGACUUCAACACCAUGUCGGAGAUUAUGGAAAGCGGCUACACCCGCAUCCCAGUGUUUGAAGAUGAGCAGUCCAACAUCGUAGAUAUUCUCUACGUCAAAGAUUUGGCCUUCGUGGACCCGGAUGACUGCACCCCUCUUAAGACCAUCACCCGCUUCUACAACCACCCAGUGCACUUUGUCUUCCACGACACCAAACUGGACGCCAUGCUUGAGGAGUUCAAGAAGGGGAAGUCCCACCUGGCCAUUGUGCAAAAGGUGAACAAUGAGGGCGAGGGUGACCCCUUCUAUGAGGUGCUGGGCCUGGUCACCCUGGAGGAUGUCAUCGAGGAGAUCAUCAAGUCCGAGAUCCUGGACGAGUCAGAUAUGUACACUGACAACCGGAGCCGGAAACGGGUAUCUGAGAAGAACAAACGUGACUUCUCAGCCUUCAAGGAUGCUGACAAUGAGCUCAAGGUGAAAAUUUCUCCUCAGCUACUUCUGGCUGCUCAUCGCUUCUUGGCCACAGAGGUUCCGCAGUUCAGCCCCUCUCUGAUAUCCGAGAAGAUCCUGCUGCGGCUGCUCAAGUACCCUGAGGUCAUUCAGGAGCUCAAGUUUGAUGAGCACAACAAGUCCUCUGUCCGCCACUACCUGUACACCCGCAACAAGCCGGCCGAUUACUUCAUCCUCAUCCUGCAGGGGAAGGUGGAGGUGGAGGCUGGGAAGGAGAACAUGAAGUUUGAGACGGGUGCCUUCUCCUACUACGGGACCAUGGCCCUGUCCUCGUCCCCCUCUGUGCCUUCAACCCAGGUUGGGUGUCCGCUUGGCAAGCGGAACUCCCUGCUCUCCUGGCUCUCAGACCGCUCCCCAUCCCACCCCACGCCCCUCAGCCGCUCAGCCUCCCUCAGCUACCCAGACCGCUCAGACUCGUUGAGCACAGCAGCCUUGGCUGGCAGCAGCAACCAGUUUGGCAGCUCCAUCCUGGGCCAGUACAUAUCUGACUUCAGCGUCCGGGCACUCAUGGACCUCCAGUACAUUAAGAUCACCCGGCAGCAGUACCAGAAUGGGCUGCUGGCCUCACGCAUGGAGAACUGCCCUCAGUUUCCCCCGGACGGAUGCACCAUUUGCACCGAGAACUUGACUGACAAAUCCGAGCUGCCCGUGGUGGACGAGACCACGACUCUCCUGAAUGAGCGCAACUCCUUGCUGCACAGAGCCUCCCACGAGAGUGCCAUCUGACAGGAGGGCCCGGGGCCCCCCGCCAACCCCGCGGGGGCCUCCCCAUUGGGCCCACACAAAGACAGGGAGCCUGUUAGGCCGGAAGGGGGACAGAUAGCUUGUCUGACUGAGCAGCCAGAGGGCCCCCAGCCUGAGGGGGACGUGGCCUCUGACAGGGACCUCUGAACAGCUCUAAGGUGGCAGCCACCCAGCCCUGGAUGAUGGGUGGGGCCGAGGGCCGGCGACCAGGAGCACUUCUAAACUAGACUCAUCGCACCUCUUUUAAAAUAUCAUUUGGGGAAGGGAAGACAGGGUUAAGGGACUUUAUUUAAAAACAAUUUUUUUUCCUCACAACUUUAAAAGGGGUAGAAUGAACCCCAGGAAGCAAUAGCCAUAAUCUGCUCCUAGCCGUGAUCUUCUGGCUCUGUCCCUGACUCAGGGAGCCCACUCUUUCUCCUCCUCCUCCUCUUCCUCCAAGACCACAUCCCUGAGGCCUGCUGGAGGAAGCUUUUCUCUUGGGAGGGAAGACUGGAAGCACAGAACCAAAUAGCGCUGAGAACAACUGCCUGGACGUACGCCGAGGCUGGCCUGUUGUCACUGAGGCCGAGGGAUUCUGGGUCACUGACCAGGGACGUGCUACUCCCAGCCGCAGAGAGGAGCACACCUCCUGUCAAGCAUCGGACCCAGGAACUUCCUAGAACUCUGCCGAUGGGCUCCACUGCUGAAUUGGGCCAGGCUGAAGACUCUUACCUGCCCUGUUGGUCUGCCUCACACCUGCCCCUUUGGACAACUCUCCCCUGUUAAUGGGGCUGACUCAGAGUGUUAGGCAGGGUCUCACACCUUUUAGAUCACUAACCCCUGCUCCCCCAGCCUGCCCUCACUUCCACCAAAGGUUUUCCCCAGGUGGGGAGAGCGUUCAUGUUAGAUAAGGAGACUUGUCUGGGAUGCUCCUUUUGGGGCCAGGAGGGACCCUGGUCACGGGCAUCUACGUGGUUAGCAAUCCCACCCCCACCCGCCACCUACCCACCAAGGAACAUCAGGGCUCAGUCACUGACAGAGCCCUUCUUCUGAUCCCAAACCCCCAAUGCUUCUUGGGGAUUGAGGACUAGAGGACAUGUAGGAAGCCAACCUAAGCAGGUUCUUCAUGCCCUUUCCUCCGUGGCUGAGGCUUACCUGGCCUUGUUCACACACUUACAGAACCCAAGAAGGAGGUUUCCACCUGAAAGGCACACAGCUGGCAGCCCCGACUCCCCCACGCGCGCAUGUGCAAUCCUUGCCUUUGGGGAAGCUCAUGUCCUGGGCCUUGAGAGCCCACCCCCCUGAGCAGUGCUGCCCCAGCAGCUUUUCCCUAUGCUGCAGGCUUCCCCCCAUCGGGGAGGCUAUGGGACCAAGAUCCACGUUGGCCCUUUUGUCAGGUGGAACAGUUGCUGGGCCCUGAUCGGGAGAGGGAGACUGCAGGCCUUCCUGAGUAUUAUUCGCUCCUGCCCUCAACCUGGGAGCCCCAUCACCCCAAGCACUCUGCUUGGGACCAGGAAAUGUUGCACCAAGUGUGCCGGCCCCCACCGGUCAGUUUAAAGUCUCCUCCAGUCACAGAAGUGAUUCCUAUAAGACUGGAGAGAAGGUGGUGAUACCUAUGGGUUUUCAGCCAUUAGGGAAAAGGACACCAGACCUUUGUCCCCUAUGGGGGGAACCCCCUGAGUUUUCUAUAGGAGAAGCUUGUUUUCUGAGUCCACAUGGGGGCUUACAGAGCUGUGUUCCUGGGACCUGAGGGCCAGGUGGAGCAAAGCCAUGGCCUGAACCAGUGAGUGUGUGUGAAGUCGAAGGAGUAGGUGCACACACUUCCACAGCUACCUCUGCACACACAGUUACUACGGAGAGAUGGUCCUGCCUUGCCUCCCCUUCCCAUCUCCUUUUAUAAUCACUUUUUUCAGAGGGUCAUGAUUAUUUCCAAAUAUUACUGGUCCGAUGACUUCCUCCUCCUAGUGCAAUUUCACUUCCUAUUCCAACUUCUGGUUCCUGGGCUGAGCCAUACCCUGGACCGGGCCCAGCCCCGCACGUCUUCCUACAGAAGGGAGACCUUCACAAAUGGCCUCCGGAUGGGUAGGCAAGUCACAGCCACCGUAACAAAGAACUCAUAUUUAUUUUGCAUAAGAUUUUAAUUUGUAUAUUUUUGUGAUUUAUUUUGGCAUUGUUAUGAGUUUGACUCUCGGGGAGUUUUUUUGUUAAUGACUCUUGUGUCUUUUGUCACAAAACAAUGAUAAUAUUUGCUAAACAAUAUAUGGAAUUUAUUUUUGAUUGGUAAUAAAAAAUGAAAUAUGUAUA